AUGUUGUUUGUGUGCGUCACAUGCUAGAGAUCAAGCGGUGAGAAAAACAGCCGACCUGUCACAUGUGAGACCAUUUAUUCCCUAAGUUUUAAAAAUCAAAGGGUGCAUUUAAAAGGUUUUAUAUUAAGUGUCGGUGCGAAAUUACCGAUUUGCUAGGAAAAUUCUAUCUUUUAUGUAAAGUGAUGGAAUACGUAACCUCCCCAUUUUGUUGACAAUUUCGCCCGUUUUGGGUACAUUGUAAAGAGGCCGCAAGAGAAUAGUCUAGAGAAAUUGCCCAAAAACUCCAAAUUAUUUGGGGAAGUUUCAGGUUUUCUCCGGAAUUCUAUAACACUGGGUUUUUUCCCCAAACUUUGAAGAAGACUAACAAAUUCCCUACGACUUUGACGAGGACCUCGAAAUAGAGCGAUUGGGUAUUGACAGGAUUUCGCCAUCAUUACUUUAUACUUUCUAAGUAAAUUUCCACGUGAGUUUGUAAAUAAUUAUGUGACGAAGUAUCACCACAGGUGCAUAGUUCACUCCUAUCGAACCCGUACCAGGGCAUUUAAGUUAAAAAACCUAAGGAUUGUACUUCCCGCCCUUCACUGUGACUUGAUUGUUCUGUACUUGAUUUCCGUUUAAAAUUAUAAAAUGCAACCUGUUUAAGGAAAUCAUGCUUUGAAGCAAAAAAUGACCAAGUCUUCUAUGAUAAUCUAUUAAAUGCUUUUCUUGAUGGAAAUCGUCCUUAAAAUUUUUGGCUACUUAAAUUUUAUGGAGAUAUACUCUGACUUAUUUUUUGUUCAUAGGUCCGUCAUCCUAGAUGAUUUUUUCACACAAGGUAGCUGUGAUCCUAGUUUUAUCAAAGACAUCAACUCAAAGAUGAGAGUUCCUGAUAGAAUAUCAUUGGAUCCAAGUAGUUUAUCGCAGAUGAAUUUAUCACUCAGUUCUUCUGAGAAUGACAAUAUGAAAGUGCCAGAGAGAAUAGUCAUGUCCGGUGCACAGAAUCAAUCAUCUCCACUUAUGGCAUUCAACCGACGUGGAGACGAUCUUAUCGAUAAUUUAGAUCCUGUUCCACUUCAACAUGCUUUAGAACCAUUACCUACUUCUUUAGUAUUAAAUGAAGUUCAUUAUCCAGAUCUAGAACGAUUAACUAUUGAAAAGAGAGAAAUAGAAACAACAAUCUCGACUCCAUUAACAAAUGAAUCUCAAAUAAGGAAUCAUAUCCCAACAGAACAACAACCUUCUCCACUUCCUUUAUCGAAUAUUUCCAAUGUUAUGAAUCAUUCAUCUACAUCAGCAUCAACAUCUACAUCAUCAUCAUUAUCCCUGUUAACGAGUCAAACAAUUAAUGCCCAAUCGAUUGUUAUAGAUACACGACGUAUAAGACUAUUAGAGAAUCGUAUCAAGGAAAUAGAACUUGAAUUAACUAGACGUCAGCUAAUGGAUAAAGUACUUUAUAUCACAUUUGGUAGUUAUUUUGUUCUAAAAUUCUUACGUUUAUUAUUUUCUUAGACCUAUUUCUAUUCUUGUUUAUAAUUAGAUUUAGUCAUCAGAUAUUUUGCUUUGGUAUGACAACUCGAACUGAUGUACGUACGUAUGAAGUUCUACGUUAUGACUGACUGACUAUUUUGUUGUGUUUUUCUUGUUCUACUAUAGUGUUGUAACUUUAUUUACCUUCUACUAUUACUUUCAUAAAGUCAUUUCAGUAGUAAUAAUAGGUUUUCCUAAACAGUUAAUGUGAAAUUGUACAGUUCAUUUGAUGACAUUUAUGUAUCAUUUGUCAUUGGUUACCAGUGAUAUGAUUUGAUAUGAUACUUGAUUGAUAUUCAGUAUUCAAUUUCGGUUUCCAAACGAAAUUUUGUAUCACCAUUACAAUGUAACUAUAAAAAACACCCCAUCAUCUUAACUGUAUACUACUUAAUCUAUGAGAAAAUGUGUUCAUAAUUCAUUGUAUUGAGAUAUAUCUUCAGUUGAUUAUAGUUAUGAGUUGU